AUGAUGGACAUUAUCGAUCCCCGAUUUUCAUACAAGGAGUUCCUGGAACUUGCCUAUGCAAGACAAAAAAAAAAGGGAGAGGAAGACGCACCGUUAAUAGACAUACUCAAAGAGGUCUUCGAGGACACCAUACGACCUGAUGAGGCAGCGAGUCGAGUUUCUGCCUUCGUCUUCUCACACGAUGACUUUCUAUCUGUAUACUCUGGCACUAUAUCAACAAUCGUGGGCGCAGCACAUCAACUCUCCGAAGAAGGCGAUCUUUGCAAACUAGCCAAUCUCAUGUUAGCACUCUCACGACUAGGAGAUAUCCGUAACAAUAGUAACGAGACGCUUCAACUAUCUUUUCAGCGUAAGCAUUACGAGAUAGAACCAAACCGAAUCAUCCAAUUCGACGAUGGCAAAAUCUGGUCCGAUCUCCCUCACUUCAUGGCCCUUUUCAGCGAGGAUAUGCAAGGUCCAACAGCCUACCUCAACUUCGGCAGAUCCGAAUACAUAGCCGAGCAAGAAUGGACAAACGCAAACACCUUUGCCGCUUUCCUCAUCCACAAUAACAGCAUUCCCCCAAGUUCAUUCGACCAUCUAUAUACAUAUGGUUUUCGCACUCUAGCAGACUCGCUAGAAUGGGAUGCUCGUACAGAAGAAGGAAAGGAUUCGUUAAAUUCUCUGCGAGCUGCUUUGAGAUGGCUGAAAAUCGCUGCGCGGGAGAUGUGGUGCAAGUCGAAGGAAGACGGGGGUUAG